ACAGCAACAAUUGUUACGUAACUGCAAAAUAUCUCUAUGAUACUCCUGUCUCGUGAUACUGUCGACACGUUUACUAUAAAGAGACAAGUCUCUAGUUUUCCUCGCAGUCAGAGCAGACGCUUUCAUUUCACGACCGAGGACCCUGGACGUGACGUCACAUCCUACAGCUGGAGUAGCUCUGCGCAUGCGCUGUUUUGCAGAGGCUCGCCUCCGUCUGCUUUGUUGAGACCAUCGAUGCUCCGACUUUCGGCGAGUCCACCGCGAAUUUGCACGACAUAAACGGGACGACCGACAGCGGUUUCCGGUCAUUGGACGCCGUUCGCUCGUUCUAAGUUCACCGUGUGCACGCGCCAGACGACGGGAGCGAGGAUUCCCCCCUCCCCCGCCCCGCCCCCCUGUAUAUAAACAAAACGCAGCAAGCUGCUUUUUUUUUUAAGGUCGCACGUCAGAGAGCCGCAACAACAACAACAACUCGCUCGAUCUGUUAAGUUCGCUAACUUCGUGUCGUCCGUGCCGUCGGCGAUGGGAACCCCCGUGGAGCUUCGUUAGGAGUUAAACUCCCAAACCUGCGCGUGCGAACAUGAGAGAAGAGGACAGUCUGUUGUCAGGAAGGCAGCUCGUGGCCAGUGAGAGAGGGGGUGCACGUCCCUGCUGCUGCUGCUGCUGCUCCGACUUGACAGAAGGAGCUAUCGCUACCGAGAAGGGUGACCCGAGGCCUCUUGCUCAUCUGUCCGUCCCCGAGUAGUAUCCCAUCCCGGCGUCGGCACAAUAUGGAGACGGUGGGCAAAUUUGAGUUCAGUCGGAAGGACCUGAUAGGACAUGGCGCAUUCGCUGUCGUCUUUAAAGGCAGACACCGAGAGAAACACGACUGGGAGGUGGCGGUAAAGUGCAUCAACAAGAAGAACUUGGCCAAAUCCCAUACGCUGCUGGGGAAAGAGAUUAAAAUACUCAAGGAACUGAAACAUGAGAACAUUGUUGCAUUACUGGACUUUCAGGAAACUGCCAGCUCAGUGUACCUGGUAAUGGAGUACUGCAAUGGGGGCGACCUUGCUGACUAUUUACACUCCAAGGGCACGCUGAGUGAGGACACCAUCCGGGUGUUCCUGCAGCAGAUUGCAGGGGCCAUGAGGGUCUUACAGGGCAAAGGCAUAAUCCACAGGGACCUCAAGCCCCAGAACAUUCUGCUCCACUACCCACCGGGAUGCAAGUCACACUCCAACAACACCUGCAUCAAGAUUGCGGACUUUGGCUUUGCCAGGUACCUUCAGAGCAACAUGAUGGCGGCCACGCUGUGCGGCUCCCCGAUGUACAUGGCGCCUGAAGUCAUCAUGUCCCAACACUAUGAUGCCAAGGCUGACUUGUGGAGCAUCGGAACCAUCUUGUUCCAGUGCCUGAGUGGAAAGGCUCCUUUUCAGGCCAGCAGUCCCCAGGACCUCCGGCUGUUCUAUGAAAAGAACAAGACUCUCAGCCCCAACAUCCCCAGAGAGACUUCGAGCCACCUGAGGCAUCUGCUGCUGGGUGUGCUGCAGCGCGACCACAAGGACCGCAUGGACUUUGACGAGUUCUUUUGUCAUCCCUUCCUGGAGGCGAGCUCAUCCCUGAAAAAGACAACUCCUACUGUGUCCAUGACCUGCUUCCCAAGCUCUGCGUCAGCCAGCUCCUGCAGCAGCUCGUCCACCUCUCACCUCGCCUCUCCCCCGCAGUCUCUUGCGGAGGGUCAGCACUUGCGUGCCAAAGCUCUGGCCUCCCCUACCCAGGAGGCGACUGGUUUCCUCCUCAAGGACUCCUCUGGUGGGGGCGGCAGCAGCAAGAACUCCUCCUGUGACACGGAUGACUUUGUCAUGGUGCCUGCUCACUUCAACACGGGUGAGCUGGCAUGUGAGAGUAAAGUGCUGCAGGACAGCCUCAUGAAUAGCAGCUCUCUUCUGGCUUCUGCCGGUCUGUGCAGCCAAGUGAAAACCCCACCACACUCCCCACCCUGCAGCGGCUCUCCGACUGCCGUCAGGCCCAGUGAGUGCUCGGGAAGUAACUUCGGUCAAUCAUUGCCGAUCCCAGUGCCCACCCAGGUCCAGAACUACCAGCGCAUGGAGCAGAAUCUCCACUGUACCAAACAGGAUGUCUCUCCACGGCUGUCGACACCGGUGCGUCGUUGCAGCAGCGGAAGCUCGUUGGCCUUUGCUCGGGCCGGACGUUCACCGCCCCACGGGCCGGGGGCGGCCCCCACCAACCCUAGGCUUUCCCUGGGAGGCGCCAGACCUUUCCAUCUCUCCCCUCAAGCUCCUCAGUACAUUGAGUCCCGGGUGACUUCUCAGCAACGACCGCAGACGGCGGUGGGUCUGGGCACGCGGCUCCACAGUGCCCCCUGUCUUCUGGAGGGUGGCGGUGGCGGUGGUGGCAAGCAAAAGAUCCGGAAGCAGCACUCCGACCCGGUGGUGGCCCCCUCGGCGGGUCUGAAGACCCUCCGCCCUCUACACUCUUCCCCCAGACUCAGUGAGCUGAUGCAGCGUAGCCCCCUCCCCACCAUCCUGGGCUCCCCUUCCAGGACCAUCCCUCCGUUUGAGUUCCCGAAGCCUCCGAGCUCUCCCAACCUCGUGGCCUUCCUGACCCAGCAGGGUCUGGUCAUCGGCUCCCCUCUCGGCAGGACCGCUCCGGUGGAGCCCAGAGAGGCGGGACCACCAGCGCUCACGCAGGCUCUCCAGCCGGCCCACUGCAUCCACAGACUGGGCGACGACACCAAGGCCUUCGGAAGGUCUCAGAGUGCCGGCCGUCUGUCUGACAUGCUGCUGAUGGCUGCAUUCGGACCAGGUGGGCCUGUGGCGGACCGAGGCAGCACAGAGAACUUGACCUCUGAAAAAACCGCAGGCAUAACAGUGCCCCCGCGUGGUGGGGGAUGUUUUGCACCUGGCUCGGUCAGCCCUGCUCAGGUGGUCUUCACUGUGGGCUCUCCUCCCAGUGGCAGCACCCCACCUCACACCUCCAGACCGAGGAAAUACUCAGGCUCGUUCACUUCAAUCAGCCCUGCAGGCUCCUUCACUAGCCGCUAUCCCCAGACCGCCACCUAUUUGGAUGGCUUUGAGGCUCCUCCCAGUCCUCGCUACGGCUUCGCUGAUCCUAUCACCGCCAACAUGGGCGGGCAUAUAACCUUCGAGGCUCCUGAGCUGCCCGAGGAGACGCUGAUGGAGCAGGAGCACACGGACACCGUGCAGAGCCUGCGCUUCACGUUGGAUUUCGCCCGCUGCCUGAUGGAGAUCGCUGGCGCCUGUGAGGUUGUGGUGUUUGAGGAGCAGGGAGACGCGUGUCAAGCCUUCCAGCAGCAGAGCCUGGUAGCAGAUCAGAUAAGCUCACUGAGCCGGGAGUGGAGUCAUGCAGAACAGCUGGUUCUCUACCUAAAGACUGCAGAACUCUUGUCCGCAGCCUUGCACACAGCCAUGGAGCGAGUUAAACAGGGCAAACUCUACCCAUCCUCCACAGUCAAACAAAUAGUGAGGAGGCUGAAUGAGCUGUACAAGUCCAGUGUGGCCUCCUGUCGCUCUCUCAGCACCCGUCUGGAGCACUUCUUUUCCAGGAAGCACCGCCUAAUGGACCAAAUCACAUCUAUCACAGCCGAGCGGCUGCUGUUCAGCCACACUGUGCAGAUGGUUCAGACCGCUGCACUGGACGAGAUGUUCCACCAGGGGGAAGCGUCCGUCCGGCGCUACCAUAAAGCUCUGCUGCUGAUGGAGGGCCUGUCUCUGCUGCUCACUGAGCAGGAGGACAUCCUCAGCGUGAGCAAAUGUAAGGAGUGCAUUGAACGCCGCCUCACAGCUCUGCAGUCGGGUCUCUGCAUUUGACCGUCCCACACUGCUUCCCGAGCGCGGCUGAGAUGUCAGUCGUUUGCACCCUCGCACAUUACCAACAAACCAAAUCCUCCACCAAAAGAAUCUCAUGGUUUUCACUUAGAAGUUGCUUUUUUCUUUUCACGAGAAAACCGCAAGGCUUGAAGUUUGGACUCGACCGCCGGGGCUUGUGCGCUCCCUGAAUGGCUCGCCUUUCAUCCCGAGUCCUGGACUGCGGCGGUGACUUUCCCCCCCCCGCGCUAAACUCGUGCCAGCCGCGGACACGAAGCACUUGUGCUGCGAAAGAAUGUCCGCGCUCUUGUCUAUGUGAGACUUUGCUCCUGGCACUGAAAAGAGGGGGUAUCGCCUGCCAGGAAGAAGAUUUCUCUCACCAGGCGAAACACGGGCAGGAGUCACUGUUGCCAAGUAGCUGCAUACACACGUACAAUACUUUACUCAACACAAACACAAUGUUAUCUUUUACCAGGAUCAGGAGCUGGAGGGCAAGUCCUGUAUCUGCUGUACACUUCCGCACAGUGAGGACGAGUGCUGGGGAAAGGCGGGAAUGUCCAAGUCUGAAUCUCAUCACGUGUGUUUGUCUUCACCCCAUGUUUGCUUUCCCGAGUUUCUUUAAUUUCUGGUAUUUACCAAAUUGUUACUUGCUUGCUGAAGGGAAAUUUAAAUAGCGGCGCUCCGGUCUGUAUGGAAGUCCACACAGGCACGAUGACGAAACUGUUGCCAAAAUGAAAUGUAGGUUUGUUUCUGUGUUAUAUAUUUUAGAGUACUGUAGGUUAUCAUGCUGGUUUGGGGGGUGGGGGGGGAGUUCCCUGUGUUUGUCACUUUACUGAUUCUAUACUUUCUUAACGUUGAAGACUACGUUCCAUGAUUGAAACCAUGGCGUAGUGGAGAUUUUGUGUUUUAAAAUGAUGGCUGGUAUUAAAGCAACAGACAGAAAGUUGGGUCCAUAAAACACUUUAAAUGUAAAAUAUAGUUUGAGUUCAACAGCUCUGAGCUGCUCUGUUUGCAUUCUUGGUUGCAAUCAUGUUAAAUAACCUGGGGUGUAUUCUUAACCCUCCUGUUACCUUUACAUUUACUAACAUAUUUUACCCUCAGGGUCAAUUUGACCCCAGCAAUUAAAACCUCCAGAAAAUUAUUAGAAUUAAUAUUGUUUCCCAAGUUUAAGUGUGAGGUACUUUAUGUUUGUUUGUUGACUACGUAAAUAGCCCUUUAAAUAUAUAAAAAAGUUGAUAUUUCUUCUAUGUUUGACACAGUGAAAAACAGCCUGGGGUCAAAUUGACCCCAAAGAACACCGACAUUAAACAUUGAAUGGGGUCAAAUUGACCCUAAAGGUAACAGGAGGGUAAAGUCAUUCAGACGCUUAAGUGCUGGAGUUGCUAAUAAUGCCGUCACAUCAUUCCAUAUUCUGUCUGAUCAUAUGUUAUCAAUCAAUCAUGUUGGAGUUGAGCAGGUUUAAUCGAAGUUGAAUGUAGGGCCGCCAGAAGAGAAACGGCGUUAAUAUCAGCCCAUUGUUACUGAAGUUGAGGGUUUGUCCCGGGAUGAACGUCUGAGUGUGUUUGCACUGUUGAAGUACUGUAUGAGAUGAGCUCGAGUGGGGCAUGUUAAACGUGUCCAGUUGUUCUAUUUACCGAGACAUAUUUGCUUAUUUAGAGAUCUAUUUUCCAUGCUUUGAUUGCAGUUCAGUUGUUUUACAGUCAAAAGGCACGGAGGUGUGCUCCAUGUGAGAAUACCGACACGGAGAUGGUAUAAGCUAUGAAACCUUAGAAAGAGUUCUUUAAGAAGUAAAAGGAGAAUAUAAAUUGCUUUUACACUGAAAAAUGAUUUGCAUUGCCCGCGCGGAGGAGUUUGUAGUUAGUAUGUUUGUUUUGAAAAGUGACCGGUUGAUUUGCAGUGCUAGUUAAAAAUGUGUAUUUGACCUGAAAUAUGUAUGUAUUUGUUGACCGUAGCCAUAUAUUUUAACAUGAUACCUUUACUCCACCAAAGGGUGGGUCAACUUCUACUUUGGCUGCUGCAGAGAGAAGUGUGUGUGCAUGUGUGAAGUGAUGUUCAACGUAUUAAUGGAUGCUGGGGAUUGUUCCCUACACAACUAAAGGCAUUGCUCCGCAACCAAAUGUGAAUGAUUGGAUGUUGACUCCACUCCUGCUGUGGAUGUGGUUCAACAAGACCCGCUGGAACUCAGAGCAUCCUCUGGCGUAACCGACUUCCUUUUCCCCCCGGGGGGUAUUUUCCUCUGCCUUUUGUAAAGUUUAUUAACAUGGGGACUAAAGAUGCACCCGAGUGCAUAUUUUGGAAUACGUUGUUGAUGUACGGUCAGGGCUGAAGAUUGUUGAAGCUGAGAUUUUUGGACGCCAGUAUAGUAGCAGUAUGUCAGCAGAACAGAAUGGAGGAAAUCAUAUGAUGUAAAUGUACAUCAUUUGUAUUUGUUUUUUUUGGGUCUAUUUUCUUUCAUACAUUUUCUUCGGUUUUCACUCUAGCGAGAGCAUUUUGUGUGUGUGUAAUGUUUGUGAGGGUGUACAUUCCUGAUAUCAACUCACCCACAGCCUCUUCCCUCUUACAGAUGCUGUUCUGCUCUGUUAUUAUGUCGUGGCAAUGUCUCAAAAGAUACAGAUGGCAGAAAGAGAUGACGUCGUACCUUGAUAGAACUGAUGCAUGUCACUUUUUAUUGUUCCCUACAAUCAUUGCUAUUGGCCAUCCUGUCGGUGGACGGGGUCGACAGAUGUGUGCAGCUGUUGAUAUAAUAUAAAACGGCUGAUUCAUCAUAAAAUCAUCUGUCAUUGAUUUAGAUUUAUGUUAGAACGCACCUGAAUGUUCUAAUUUCUUUGAGUUCACAUUAUUCAUUCUGUAUUACCUGUACAUAUUGUAAAUGAAGUUAUUGUUGUAGUGUAAAUGACGCCGCAGGAAUGGAGAGAAUGGCACCACACCACCGAUACAUUUCCAAAGAUUAGACUUUCUUCUGAUUUUCCAUAUUGCCUCUGACUGUUUCCAAAUCAUUUUAAUGUUGUCAUAUCUAUGACCGACACACUUUCUCAGUGUCCCCGUGUGUGAUGUAACCUUUACUGUUGGAGAGUUGCAACAUGAAUAAAGUGAAUGGAAAGGUAAUUUGUCUUAA